AUAGGAGAAUUUUGGCUUCGCGGAGUUUCAGCAGUGGGGUAAACGAUGUAAUGGCGGAUAUUCUACUCUCGAAGUCAAAGUUGACAAAUAUUAAUGGCAUAUUUUUGGGUGUCUUGGCGAAAAUCACCGUAAACGAACGGUGCUUUUCAUUAAGUUAUGAAGCUGCAAUAUGCUAAAAUAAAGUGAUUAUUAAUCCUGCGAAAUUUAAAUCGGAGAAAUCUAAGUCAGAACCACUGGCUUUGCAAGCGGUGGCAUAUUUUCGGAUCAGGUGGAACAAUAUGGCUUCUAGCUUUAGGCCUAACAUGGGCAUUAGGCCUAGUGAUGACCCCAGCCCAACUACCGAAGUGGUCCCAUUUGCAGAUUACGAACAGGGUCACCAUGGUCAUUUUUUUGUAAAGAAGACAUUUCAUAAGCCUACGUACUGUCAUCAUUGUACAGAUAUGUUAUGGGGACUAAUUGGACAAGGAUAUAUUUGUGAAGUUUGCAACUUUGUUGUUCAUGAUCGCUGUCUGAAAACGGUUGUAUCUCCUUGCUCUACAAAUGCCAUUCACGUUUUAAAGAAUCCUGUUCCACAUUGCUGGACAGAGCCUGGCCAUCUAAAGAGAAGGUUUUGCAAUGUGUGUAGAAAGAGGAUAGAAGACAACUGUGCUGUAAGAUGUGAAGUUUGUGAAUACUGUGUUCAUGUGGAGUGCCAUGAUUUCAGUGUAGCCAACUGUAAAGAAUGUGCCACUUAUCCAGCUAGUAGAAAUCUUCCUUCUGUAACCCAGUUUCAUCACUGGAGGGAAGGCAACUUACCUGGCAACUCCAAGUGCCAUUUCUGUAAGAAAACAUGCUGGUCAGCUGAAUGUCUGUCUGGUAUUCGGUGCGAGUGGUGUGGUCUAACGGCACAUGCCACCUGUUAUAAGAACCUUCCAGUAGAAUGCAACUUUGGAUGCAUGGCAAGCAUUAUGCUUCCACCAAGCUGUGUUAGCAUUCCACGCACUGAUGUUCCCCUGGAGACUAUAAUGGGGGUUCAGACCAGAAGAAAAGAGACCUUCUCUCCUGCAAGAAGUGUAUCAGAAGAAUUCUCUUCUAGUGGUGACGUGAAGAACAGGGAAUUUGAUGAUUAUCCAUCUCCAAAGGAAAAAGACCGAGAAGAAGAACUAAUCAGGGUAUAUGAUGGAAAUUCCUCUAUGAAGAGAUCAGCCUACAGGACAAUCAGUAUUUCUCAGAAAUCAACAAGGGAACAAGUCAUUGGUGCAGCACUAAGAGCAUUCCACAUUCAUGAUGAUCCUAACAAUUAUUAUCUGAUAGAUGUUUUUGAUCCUAAUGAAAAGGAACUUGGGGACUUCCUGCCAGUUCAGAGCUUAACACGGCGAGAAGGUAAAAGGCCAGCUAUCUUUUUAAGGUAUCGUCCACCAGAACCUGACAAGGGGUCAAUAAAGGUUUAUCCUGGUAAUCUAGGUGUAACAGAAACUUACGUCAAUGUUCCUGUGACAGCUGACACGAGUGUAGAAGAAAUAAUGGUGCAGGCUCUAGAAAAUCUUGGUCUUGAUUCAACCAACCUAAACAGAUUUAGGUUGAAUGAAGUUUCACUUGAUAGAGGCUCUGUCCAUGAAAGAAUAAUGGAUAAUCAAGAGUGUCCAUGGGAACUUCUUAGAAAUUUAGCCAGAGAAUCUAUUAGGCAGAUGAAUUUGACAAGGUUUUAUUUACAACAGAAAGAUGAGUCUUGUGGUACCACUGUAGCACUGUUUAUUGGUAACCUCCCUCCAAACCUUUCGCAACGACAAUAUGAGAAAAUUCUUAUUGAUAUGUUGGGCAAACCUUACAGGUUCAAACAGAUUGGACCAAUCUACUAUGAAUAUGGCUCACUGAUUGUCUCCUAUGACAAUGCAGACAUAGCAGUUAAGGCCUUUUAUAUGCUGAGAGAAUGUAGCUUUGAUGAUAAAAACCUUCUAGUCCUUCUAUUACCAAGUAUUACCCCAGAGAUGAUCCCAACAGGAAUAAGGCCGUUGCUAGUGUUUGUUAAUGUGAAGAGUGGUGGCUGUCAGGGACUGGAGUUAUUGUCAUCCUUUAGGAAAUUGUUAAAUCCUUAUCAAGUUUAUGAUCUUGAAAAUGGUGGACCUCUUCCAGGAUUGUAUGUGUUUAGACGAGUGAAGGACUAUAAGAUUUUAGUUUGUGGAGGAGAUGGUACAGUAGGCUGGACACUACAGUGUCUAGACAAUGUUGGUCAGGACUCAGAGUGCUCGUCCCCUCCUUGUGCUAUCCUGCCUCUUGGAACAGGCAACGACCUUGCCAGGGUUCUUCGUUGGGGUCCUGGCUACACUGGUGGAGAGGAACCACUUACACUGCUCAAGGAUGUUAUUGAUGCGGAAGAGAUAAGAUUAGAUAGAUGGACCGUAGUGUUUCAUUCUGAUGAAAAACCUGAUGACAAACCAGGAAUUGUGACAAAUAGUUCUGGAUCCACAUCUGAGGAUAACACUGCCAUCUUUGUUAUGAACAAUUAUUUUGGAAUUGGAAUUGAUGCUGACUUGUGUCUUGACUUUCAUAAUGCCAGAGAGGAAAACCCUAACAAGUUUAACAGCAGACUUCAUAACAAAGGGGUUUAUUUCAAAAUGGGCCUUCGGAAGAUGGUGGGCCGGAAGUUGUGGAGAGAUUUUAACAAAGAAGUCCGUCUUGAAGUGGAUGGUAAAGUUGUGGAUCUUCCUCCUGUUGAAGGAAUCAUCAUUCUUAAUAUUUUGAGCUGGGGAUCAGGAGCCAAUCCCUGGGGUCCUGAAAGGGAAGACCAAUUUUCUAAGCCUAAUCACUAUGAUGGAAUGUUGGAAGUAGUGGGAGUUACAGGAGUAGUCCAUAUGGGACAGAUUCAGAGUGGACUCCGUAAUGCCAUUAGGAUUGCCCAGGGAGGACAUCUCCGAAUUCGACUCAACACUGAAAUGCCUGUACAAGUUGAUGGAGAACCUUGGAUUCAGAGUACUGGGGAAGUUGUGGUCCUACGUUCUGCUCUCAAGGCCACCAUGCUCAAGAAGGCAAAAAGUAAAAUCAAGAGGUGGAACACGGAGCCAAGCAUGCUUAUGUACGAAGCAGAACCAGGAGCAUCUGCCUCCAUCAUAGUGAGCCAAACUGAAGGCCCUUUCUAACUGCAAAUUAUUAAUUUUUAUCUUUGUGUGUGCUAUAAUGUCAUGUAUGCCAAAUUGUAGGUUUUUCUAGCUCCAUACACUUAACCCUUGCACUUGUCUUUAUGUUCUCUGUUGUUGCUUUAAGCCGUAAAAGCCCUAAAUACUACUUACUACAGUAUAUUUCUCAUUCCAUUCUCAUAAGCUUUUACAGCCUUAUCUAUAUCUUGAAUUCCAUUGUUUAAAGCAUGUUUCCUCUAAUACCUGAUUGUUUGUUUUUUAUUGCUAUAAUUUUGUUAAAGAGUACAUUGGUCACUUUCUGUUCUAACUGUCACUCUUGAAAGCUAGAAACAUAUUAACUGUGAUGUAGGUAAAAAAAGUGGAUUUUUGUUUUCUUUAGAUAUGAAUAUUUUGUGUAUGCAAUGUAUAUUUUAUCUGCUAUUUAUGAAUGCAAAAAAACCACUUCUUGGCUUGUAUUUACAUAACUUUAAUAAGUUAUGAUGGAAAAGUUUGAGUUAAAUUGAAAUAUGAAUAUAAGAAUACACACUAUAUUUUAAAGAAACAUUUGUUUAAGUAUUAAUAUCAUAAUGUGUUACAACUGUUUUACUUAGCACAACAAGAAUAAAUUGUAUAUGUAAUUGAAACUAAAUUUGGAAGUAUGAUCAGGAAUUCAAAUGAUCUCAUCCUAUACAUUCACCUAAUUUGAACUUAUGUUUAAAAGCUAUUAGAAUUAAUGAAAGUGUGAAUACAAAAAUAUAUGGUAUAUUUUAAAGGAGAAUUUAUUUGAGUGUUGAUGCAUUAUAAAUGUUUCAUUUAAUGAAAUGUAGAAUUGAUUAUUUAUAUAUAUAAUUUGAAACUAAGAUUGAAAUCAUGUUCAGGAAUUAUAUCAAAUUAUCUCACAUUCUCUAUAUUCAGCUAACUGUGACUUUAUUUUCAAAACUAAAUAUAUGAGAAAUUCUGGGCUAGUCUAUUUUGUUUGAAACCUUUUUAUAGGCAGAGUUGGCUUGUGUUAAUUUUGUCUGCAAUAUUUUAAAGAAAGAUUUGUCUGGUCAUUAUCUCUGUUUGAGAAGAUUUGUAUGUCAUUACUAGUGUUUCAAAGUUAUUGAAAAGUCCUAAUCUGUGACUACUUUUGUUUGAUACUAUUUUUUUUCAAAGACAAACGUAGUAAGUCAAGUCAUUAAAUUUAGUUAAAACUUAUCUAAAGGGAGACUUGUCUAUAUAUAGUAGCUGAUAUUGCUUAAAGCUUAUUUAAAAAAAAAAGGAUCUAGUCACUAGUGUUUACAAAAAUAUUUAAUGAAAUAGUUAGUUUCAUUUGUGAUUGAAACCUAUAUAAAAGUAGUUUUUGGCUAAUCACCACUAUUGUUUCUAAGCUAUUUCAAAGGAGUUCUGGUAAGUCGAUACUUCUGUUUGAUGCCUUCUUGAUAACAACUUCUGUCACAAUUACAGUCCUGAUUCUUUUCAUAAAGAUUGUGAAAAGCUUUCUUUAUCAUUUUAUGCAUUUUGAAAAUGGAUGUUGCAGUGUGAUAAGAAAAUUAAUAUUUUUUGUGGGAAAAGAUCAAGUUAAAAAUUGUUAGGCUUAGUAUCUAGUUUUGUUUUGCUGACAAGGCCAUUCUUUGCUAGGUUGUGUUUACCUUAGGCCUUAUUGGCCUAAGUAACUGUUUGAAUGGCUGAAGAAAGUUGCUGAAAAGAAAUAGAUAUACAUGCAUACAUAAAUGUAAAACAUAUUUAAAACUUAUUCAGUAUACUAAAUGAAACCUUAUAAAAAGAAGGUAUUUUUAUUAUAUGUCAGUAA